AGGGCGCGAAGUGAGCAUGCGCAGUGAGCUGGGCCGGCUCUCAGCGCCAGGAGGAAGCGUUCGCCGUGAUCCCAGCGGCUGCGCUGGGGUAUGUGGUACCGGCUCGCGUGCCUGCUGCACCCCGCGCUGCCCAGCACCCUCCGCUCCGUCCUCGGGGCCCGCCUGCCACCCCUGGAGUGUCUCUGUGGCUUUCAAAAAAAGACUUACAUCAAAAUGAAUAAUCCAGCUGUGAAGAGAAUAGGAAAUCACAUUAUCAAAUCUCCUGAAGACAAGCGGGAAUACCGUGGACUAGAGCUGGUGAAUGGUAUCAAAGUACUUCUCAUCAGUGAUCCCACCACGGAUAAGUCAUCAGCAGCACUUGAUGUACACAUAGGUUCAUUGUCAGAUCCUCCAAAUAUUGCUGGCUUAAGUCACUUUUGUGAACAUAUGCUUUUUUUGGGAACAAAGAAAUACCCUAAAGAAAAUGAGUACAGCCAGUUUCUUAGUGAGCAUGCUGGAAGUUCAAAUGCCUUCACUAGUGGAGAGCACACCAAUUACUAUUUUGAUGUUUCUCAUGAACACCUAGAAGGUGCCCUAGACAGGUUUGCACAGUUUUUCCUGUGCCCCUUGUUUGAUGAGAGUUGCAAAGACAGAGAAGUGAAUGCAGUGGAUUCAGAACAUGAAAAGAAUGUGAUGAAUGAUGCCUGGAGACUCUUUCAGUUGGAGAAAGCUACAGGGAAUCCCAAACACCCUUUCAGCAAAUUUGGAACAGGUAACAAAUAUACUCUAGAGACUCGACCCAACCAAGAAGGCAUUGAUGUAAGGCAAGAGCUACUGAAAUUCCAUUCUACUUAUUACUCAUCCAACUUAAUGGCUAUUUGUGUUUUAGGUCGAGAAUCUUUGGAUGACUUAACUAAUCUGGUAAUAAAGUUAUUUUCUGAAGUUGAGAAUAAAAAUGUCCCGUUGCCAGAAUUUCCUGAGCAUCCAUUUCAAGAAGAACAUCUUAAACAACUUUAUAAAGUAGUGCCCAUUAAGGAUAUUAGGAAUCUGUAUGUGACAUUUCCCAUACCUGACCUUCAGAAGUACUACAAGUCAAAUCCAGGUCAUUAUCUUGGUCAUCUGAUUGGGCAUGAAGGUCCUGGAAGUCUGUUAUCAGAACUUAAAUCAAAGGGCUGGGUAAAUACCCUGGUUGGUGGACAAAAGGAAGGAGCCAGAGGUUUUAUGUUUUUUAUCAUUAAUGUGGACUUAACUGAGGAAGGAUUAUUACAUGUUGAAGAUAUAAUUUUGCACAUGUUUCAAUACAUUCAGAAGUUACGUGCAGAAGGACCUCAAGAAUGGGUUUUCCAAGAGUGCAAGGACUUGAAUGCAGUUGCUUUUAGGUUUAAAGACAAAGAGAGGCCACGGGGCUAUACAUCUAAGAUUGCAGGAAUGCUACAUUAUUAUCCCCUAGAAGAAGUACUCACAGCCGAAUAUUUACUGGAAGAAUUUAGACCUGACUUAAUAGAGAUGGUUCUUGAUAAACUCAGACCAGAAAAUGUCCGGGUUGCAAUUGUUUCCAAAUCUUUUGAAGGGAAAACUGAUCGCACAGAAGAGUGGUAUGGAACCCAGUACAAACAAGAAGCUAUACCAGACGAAGUCAUUAAGAAAUGGCAAAAUGCUGACUUGAAUGGGAAAUUUAAACUUCCAACAAAGAAUGAAUUUAUUCCCACGAAUUUUGAGAUUGUAGCAUUAGAAAAAGAAGCCACAUCAUACCCUGCUCUUAUUAAGGAUACAGCUAUGAGCAAACUAUGGUUCAAACAAGAUGAUAAGUUUUUCUUGCCAAAGGCUUGUCUCAACUUUGAAUUUUUCAGCCCAUUUGCUUAUGUGGACCCCUUGCACUGUAACAUGGCCUAUUUGUACCUUGAGCUCCUCAAAGAUUCACUCAACGAGUAUGCAUAUGCAGCAGAGCUAGCAGGCUUGAGCUAUGACCUCCAAAAUACCAUCUAUGGGAUGUAUCUCUCUGUGAAAGGUUACAAUGACAAGCAGCCAAUUUUGCUAAAGAAGAUUACUGAGAAAAUGGCUACCUUUGAGAUUGAUAAAAAAAGAUUUGAAAUUAUCAAAGAAGCAUAUAUGCGGUCUCUUAACAAUUUCCGGGCCGAACAGCCUCACCAGCAUGCCAUGUACUACCUCCGCUUGCUGAUGACUGAAGUAGCCUGGACUAAAGAUGAAUUAAAGGAUGCCCUAGAUGAUGUCACUCUUCUUCGCCUUAAGGCCUUCAUACCUCAGCUCCUGUCACGGCUGCACAUUGAAGCCCUCAUUCAUGGAAACAUAACAAAGCAGGCUGCAUUAGGAAUUAUGCAGAUGGUUGAAGAUACCCUUAUUGAACAUGCUCAUACAAAACCUCUCCUUCCAAGUCAACUAGUUCGGUAUAGAGAAGUUCAGCUACCUGACAGAGGAUGGUUUGUUUAUCAGCAGAGGAAUGAAGUUCACAAUAAUUGUGGUAUCGAGAUAUACUACCAAACAGACAUGCAGAGCACCUCGGAGAAUAUGUUUCUGGAACUCUUCUGUCAGAUUAUCUCUGAACCUUGUUUCAACACUCUGCGCACCAAGGAGCAGCUGGGCUAUAUUGUCUUCAGUGGGCCACGUCGAGCCAAUGGCAUACAGGGCUUGCGAUUCAUCAUCCAGUCAGAAAAGCCUCCUCACUACCUGGAAAGCAGGGUGGAAGCCUUCUUAAUUACCAUGGAAAAGUCCAUAGAAGACAUGACAGAGGAGGCCUUCCAAAAACAUAUUCAAGCAUUAGCAAUUCGCCGACUAGACAAACCAAAGAAGCUGUCUGCAGAGUGUGCUAAAUACUGGGGGGAGAUCAUCUCUCAGCAAUACAAUUUUGACAGAGGAAAUGUUGGCAGUAGAUGCCCCAAGGAGACAUAAGGUAUCCGUCCAUGUUCUUGCCAGGGAAAUGGAUUCUUGUCCUGUUGUUGGAGAGUUCCCAUGUCAAAAUGAUGUAAAUUUGUCACAGGCACCACCCUUGCCACAACCUGACGUGAUUCAGAACAUGACUGAAUUCAAGCGUGGUUUGCCACUAUUUCCCCUUGUGAAACCACAUAUUAACUUCAUGGCUGCAAAACUCUGAAGAUUCCCUGUGGGUGGGAAAGUGUGCAUGGAUCUAUUCCUUAGUCUUCCAAGCCUAGGGAAAUAAUUGUGGCCACUGGAGUAGUUUGGGGUUCAUGAAUAGACAAACAGAAAAAAAAGAAGUUAUCAAAUGUUACUAUGUAGAAAUAUUAAAAAUCCAAAGUAAUUGUAAAAUCUUAUAGAUGUAGAAUAUUUUUUAAAUACAUGCCUCUUAAAAUAUUUUAAAAUUUUUCUUUUCAUUUUUAAGAGAAAUUUCCCAUAUAUAACUGCUUAAAAUGAUGAAUGAUAUUCUUAGAUCUUCCCCAUUCUGUAAAAUAGUCAUUUGUCUGAAGAAGAAAAGUUACCUUUUUUCAAAAAAGCAUCCUAGGUUGGCAGAGAAGGCUUAAAAAUAUUUAGAAAGGUAUUAAUUGCCUUUUAAAACCUUGAUCCUCAAAUUUGCUUUCUACUUCAUGGUUCAUAUAAAUCAGUGGAAAACAUUACAUUUGGCAGGUAAUGCACAAAGCAAUGUCAUUUUCUUUUAUUAGUGAAAUUACUGUUAUAAAAGGCAUGGUUUUAAUCUUUUUAUAAAAUAUGAACAUGUUUUUUAUUCCAACUAGUAAAAUGCUGGAAAACCCUAGAAUAAUCUACUUAUUUACAGUGCUAGAAAUACAGAUUUACCUUACAACAAUUUUGUCCCAAACUGAAUUUCUCAGGAUUACUGUGGUUUCUUUCUGAUUGAACUGUAUUGACAUUCUUAGUGUUCGUAGUUGGUUUGCAAUGUUCUAUCACUUUUACUUUUUCUCAUCAACAUGUUGCUGUAUGUACUUAACAAGGACAAAUUAUGUCAACUUCAGAUCCUACUGAGUGUAUGACAUGCUUUUCCAACAUCAGCUACUGUAAUUACCCAUAACUUUUAACUGUGGUGAAAUUGCAAUUAGUGUGUGAACCAAAAUAUUUUAUCCCUUCAUGAAUUUAAAAUGCAACAAAUACAAAGCCACCUUUUUGGAGAUAUAAAAAAUAAAGCUUGUGUUUUCAAAUAGCCAGUCUCCAUAAAACUCUAAAAUCCCUUGUUGCUACCAGUCUAAUCUUGCCUUAAGUGUUAUUUUUUGAACAUAUGAACAUAGAAACACACAGAUGAUGACUGGAGUGGACUUUUUAAAAAUAUUUUUUUCAUGAGAUACUAUUUUAGGUGAAAUUGUUAUUGUAGAUUUAACAGCUAUUUUAAAAUAUUAUUAAAACUUGUUUAAGUUUUAAUAUUAUUACUAUUAUUAAAUUUUGUUUCAAGAGAAAUUGUGAAUAUAUUUCCACAUAUAGGCACUAGCAACAGUGAGUGGUCCCAUUGUCCACGAACUCAGGCAAAGAAUGGCAUUUUAUCUCCCCAUAGGAUUGAUUUGCCAGGAAUUCUUUCUGCAGAGUCAUGUCUUUUCACAUCUAAAGUUUUUACAUUUCCAGUUUUCCAAAUAAUCUCACUUUGGGGCAAGAAUGAUAUAGUCAAAACUAAGGAGACUGCUUUCAAAAGUGGGGCUCCAGUUCUGUCAGGUCAAUGUGGUGCUGUAACUGUCUUUUUAUCCCUGCCUUCCAGAGCCUCCUCGUGUGAAGCCUGUAGUUGUCCAUCAGAAGGUGUGUGAAAGCACCACUUCUUUCUGGUUUUAUGCAUUUUAUGCAGCUUUUCAUCAAACUGCAAAUAUAUACAAGAUGAAUCUAAAAUUAGUCCUGAGUGUUUAAAUCCGUCACUGUAAAAGUAAAUACAAAUCCACCUACCUUUUCUGUGGGAAGUUAUGUGCUGUUGAAUAAUUUUUAGCUCUUUUUUAAAAGUGAGCAGAAUUUUAAAGUGUCAUUUUUAUGAGGAAAGGCACCUGAAGAGUUAUGAAAGCAAUCUUACGUGGUCUUCCAUGAACCUGCACUUGUUCAGUGUGCUCCAGUAUUUUCUAGUUUCCAGAUUGGAUCUAGAGCUGCUGUUGGGUCACUCAGGCAUACUAACGGAUUCAUGAAAAUGGGUCCCAGCUGCAGUCCAUGAGCAAUAAGAGACUACCCUAGAUACUGCUAUCUACACAAUGCUUACCAAAUGAGAUUUGUGAAACACUAAGUUAUUAGUUACCAGGGACUUUUUUAAAAAGUCUCCUUUUUGACUAGUUGAUGUGAAAGAGAGAGCAUGUGACACAGCCAGUAUGCUGGAGUCCUAGGGUUAUCCUGUUUACAAUAAAUGGCCUGAAUUAAAA